CAACGUAUCUCUUCAGUCACUUGUUGUAGAACGAGUGAAGGAUGGCAGGUAUCUGGAUGUGUGUGUGCGCCCUUCUUUCUGCUGCUUUCUUCACCUCAACCUCAGCAACACUUCACGAAGAAGGUCUUCUUGGUCUGCCUGUCGACAUAGAUGUGGCCAAUGUGCAUGUUCAACAAGCUGUGGAAUUCUUGAAACAACACUUGUCUCUCACCAGUGAUCAAAAGGUCAUAGUGGAGAACGCUAAAAGACAGGCGGUUGCUGGAUUGUUGUUGCAUCUAACCAUUAAGAUUGAAUCGGAGACGCUGAACACUUCGACAAGAUGUAACAUUGUUGUGCAUACCAGUCCCUGGAUCAAUACUACGAAUAUUGUAUACAACAGCUGCAGCAUUUAGAACUAAGCAACAAAUAUCCUAAUCAACUAAGAUUUGAUUUCUUCUAUACCUGUGCUAACAAUGUUAUAUGGUAAAGUUUCACAUGUAGUUCCUAUUGUAUUCAUCUCCAGCUCACAUGCAAUGUUAGUUAUUCAUGAGGCAUUGGCAUCUUGAUUAUAGUUACAAAAAAUAAAUAAGCUUUAUUCAUGGA